AUGGCUCCGCCCGAACACCCCUUCCCAGUAAGCGAACUCGAACAGCGCGUCCAUUACCACACCGUCGAGUUCAAGGAAAAAGCCCGAAAACUACCGAGCGGAUUCAAUCUCAAGAAAGACUGCGCCCUGCUCGAGCUGGUCCAGUACAGCUGCACCACUCCCGAGCAGCAAUAUGAGCGAGCCAUGGCCAGCUCGACGGGCACGGCGAGGAUGGAGUGUUUUCCUUUUGUGAGGUUGUUUAGAAAAUGUCAAGAUAAACGCGGAAAAGAGUUCCACGUCGAAACGACCGCUUGGGAGGGCGAACACGCUUGGAGCCCGCCUGCGUCUACGAUGGCCCAGUCUACGAACAAAAACAACACUCCAUCCACGAACCGCGAAAUACAAGCAGACUCAUACGCUAAUUAUGGCAAUUACUUUUGGCCGCAAAAAUGA